UUCUGUAAUCAACACGACAAUGUCUACCAACGAGAAUGUGAGUGGAACAGCUGCAGCCCGUUUGAACAGAUUCAAGAAUAAAGGAAAGGAUUCCACUGAAAUGAGGCGGCGGAGGAUGGAAGUCAAUGUGGAGCUGAGGAAAGCCAAAAAAGACGACCAGCUGCUUAAAAGGAGGAAUGUUGGUACUUUCCCUGAUGAGGCCACUUCACCUCUGCAGGAAAACCGAAGCAAUCAGGUUACUGCCCACUGGUCCGUUGAAGAAAUUGUUAAAGGCAUUUAUAGCAAUAAUACAGAACUUCAGCUGCAGGCUACGCAGGCUGCCAGGAAACUUCUGUCCAGAGAGAAGCAGCCCCCUAUUGACCAGAUAAUCCAAGCUGGCUUGAUUCCGAAGCUUGUGUCCUUUUUGGGAAGAGCGGAUUGGAGCCCUAUUCAGUUUGAAUCUGCGUGGGCCUUGACCAACAUUGCUUCUGGCACAUCUGAUCAGACAAAAGCUGUAGUAGAUGGUGGAGCAGUACCUGCCUUCAUUUCACUGUUAGCUUCUCCCCAUACUCAUAUUAGUGAACAAGCCGUGUGGGCUUUGGGAAACAUUGCAGGUGAUGGUUCUGCCUACCGAGACUUGGUUAUUAAAUACGGUGCACUGGAUCCACUGUUGGCUCUGCUUGCUGUUCCUGAUCUCUCUUCUAUAGCUCUUGGUUACUUGCGCAAUGUAACCUGGACCCUAUCAAACCUCUGUCGUAACAAGAACCCCGCACCACCACUUGAUGCUGUUGAGCAGAUCCUUCCUACGUUGGUUCGCCUACUUCAUCAUCAUGACUUAGAAGUUCUGGCUGAUACAUGCUGGGCUGUUUCUUACUUGACUGAUGGUUCAAACGACAGGAUUGAAAUGGUGGUAAAAACAGGACUGGUUCCACAGCUGGUGAAACUCCUGGGACGUGGAGAUAUUCCAAUAAUGACACCCUCCUUAAGAGCAAUAGGGAACAUUGUAACUGGUACUGAUGAACAAACUCAAACUGUAAUAGAUUCUGGUGCACUUGCUGCAUUCCCUGGCCUGCUUACUCAUCACAAAAACAACAUCCAGAAAGAAGCAGCAUGGACCGUGUCUAACAUCACAGCUGGCCGGCAGAACCAAAUCCAGAUGGUUGUGGACCAUGGGCUUGUCCCAUAUCUCAUUAGUAUAUUGAAAAAGGGGGACUUCAAAUCACAGAAAGAAGCUGUGUGGGCUGUGACCAACUACACAAGUGGUGGAACAAUCGGUCAGAUCAUAUACCUUGUUCAGGCUGGUGUGCUAGAACCAUUGUUAAAUCUUCUGGUGGCUAAAGACGGCAAAACUGUAUUGGUUAUUCUCGAUGCCAUCACUAACAUCUUUGCGGCAGCUGAGAAAAUCAAUGAAGUUGAAAAGCUUUGCAUCAUGGUUGAGGAAUGUGGUGGCCUGGAUAAAAUUGAAGUUCUACAGUCUCAUGAAAAUGAAGACGUGUACAAAGCUGCUGCAAAUCUGAUUGAGAAGUAUUUCUCAUCAGAGGAAGAAGAGGAUGGGAAUAUUGUUCCAGAAUCUAGUUCUGAUGCCUAUACUUUCCAGAUUCAAGAUGGUGCUAAUGCUUUCAAUUUCUAAAUGGUCUGUGACACAACAGCCAGCCCUCCACUCUCUUACUACUUCCACUGAUCUUCUGUACUGCCUUUUUAACUGUGAAGUAGCACUUUGUCACAACUGAAACUACUUGAAAAGUUCACUGUAGGGAUGCAUCCCCUGUGAGCUCACUGUCUUCUUUUUUGAACUGUUUGUCCUUUAUAUAAAUGUGUAUUCUCUACCUCUUUCUGAAUUUCCUGCCAAUGAAGGAUUUUCUUAUGUUCUUCAUGUUGCAUUUGGGAGACUGGAACAGCAUGCAGGCCUUGAUCUCCUGAUGGCUGCCUACUCAACCCUUGCAGAACUGAAGCAGCCCUAGCAAUGUCUUGGCAAAAUGAUCCACACAAUGAAAUUCUCACUGAGAGCUUAGUCUGCUUUGGAGAGAACCCUUCAGCUUCUUUUGUAAAAAUACUUAAUAAAGUUGAAUU